UAAUUUUCAACGGAGAGGUUGUGGCCAAUGCCCAGCAAGAGAUAUUAAAACGCCAGGAGCGCAACGACAUUUAGAAGCGAAACAGCAACGGAGACGACACGACAGUGACGGGGCGCCAGUUUCGUUGUUGUUGUUUAACCAAUCAAAUGUUGUCAGCUGUUUUAUGCAACAUGUACCAUAAAAGCAAAACAGCGAAAAGGAGAAAAAGAAACGCUCAUCGAUCAAAUUUAGGACAACAACAGCAGCAACAACAAAGGCAACUCGAGAACUGUUGCUAACAAACAAGCUACACAGAGAGAGUGUGUGAGAGAGAGAGAGAGACAGAGAGAGAGAGAGAGAGCGCAAUAGCGAUUAUAGAAGAAGGAUAAAAUCUCCAGCUACAAGAGCUGGGACUAAAAAGUGGGCCAAAUCGAGAAGAGAUUAUAUUAAGAAGAACGGAACAAUACAGAGAGGAACAAGAACAACAACAAGAAUAGAAAAACGCGCAAAAACAAAAGAGGUUACAAAAAUAAUAAGAAUCCCAGAAAGGAUUACACAAUAACGCGAGCGAGUAACCAGUAACGAGUAGCGAGUAACGAGAAGAUACCACCCGCCUAUCAACAACAGCGACUACUCAUCUUCGCCAUGACAAUUAUACUCUUUUUGGUGGACACCUCAUCGUCCAUGUGCCAGAAGGCCUAUGUGAACGGUGUACAAAAAACUUAUCUGGAUAUUGCGAAAGGAGCUGUCGAAACGUUUUUGAAGUAUCGCCAGCGUACACAGGAUUGUCUGGGGGAUCGUUACAUGUUGCUGACAUUCGAGGAGCCGCCGGCCAAUGUCAAGGCCGGCUGGAAGGAGAAUCAUGCCACAUUUAUGAAUGAGCUAAAGAAUCUGCAAAGUCAUGGCCUAACAUCAAUGGGCGAAUCGUUGCGUAAUGCCUUCGAUUUGCUUAACCUGAAUCGCAUGCAAUCAGGUAUCGAUACGUAUGGUCAAGGACGAUGUCCGUUCUAUUUGGAGCCAUCAGUGAUAAUUGUAAUUACCGACGGUGGACGAUAUUCGUAUAGAAAUGGUGUCCAUCAGGAGAUUAUAUUACCAUUGAGCAAUCAAAUACCUGGCACAAAAUUCACCAAAGAGCCUUUCCGUUGGGAUCAGCGUUUAUUUUCGCUGGUACUUCGCAUGCCGGGCAACAAAAUCGAUGAACGAGUGGAGGGCAAAGUGCCGCAUGAUGAUUCGCCCAUUGAGCGGAUGUGCGAAGUAACCGGAGGUCGUUCGUAUCGUGUACGAAGUCAUCAUGUGCUUAAUCAAUGCAUCGAGAGCCUUGUUCAGAAGGUGCAACCCGGCGUAGUAUUGCAAUUUGAACCGCUCAUGCCCAAGGAUAGCAGUAGUGGUGCCAGUGGCGUUGGUGGCAGUGCUGGAACAGGCGGUGCUGGGACAUCAUCAUCAAAUGCCAGUGGCACAUCAGGCGGUACGCCCGCUGCCAAUUCGAACACCAGUGGCGGCGGCGGCGGCUCGGGUGGUGGUAGUGGUUCUGGCACCGGCACCGGGCAAAAUGAUCCACCACCCGAUAUAGUCUUCCAGCCAGUAAAGAAAAUGAUCUAUGUACAGAAGCAUAUAACACAAAAGACAUUUCCGAUUGGCUAUUGGCCCCUGCCCGAACCCUAUUGGCCCGAUUCGAAGGCCAUAACAUUACCGCCACGUGAUGCCCAUCCAAAGCUAAAGGUGCUCACACCAGCCGUGGAUGAACCGCAGUUGGUGCGCAGUUUUCCCGUGGAUAAAUAUGAAAUCGAGGGAUGCCCCCUUACACUCCAGAUACUGAACAAGCGGGAGAUGAACAAAUGCUGGCAGGUGAUCGUUACCAAUGGGAUGCAUGGUUUUGAAUUGCCCUUUGGUUAUUUGAAGGCUGCCCCCAAUUUUAGUCAGGUUCACUUGUAUGUGCUGGCCUACAAUUAUCCAGCUUUAUUGCCGCUGCUUCACGACCUCAUCCAUAAGUAUAAUAUGAGCCCGCCAAACGAUCUCAUGUACAAAUUCAAUGCCUAUGUCCGAUCUAUACCGCCCUAUUACUGUCCUUUUCUGCGCAAGGCUCUGGUCAAUAUUAAUGUGCCGUAUCAGCUGCUGCAAUUCCUUUUGCCGGACAAUGUGGACAACUAUUUAUCGCCCACAAUAGCGAAUCAACUGAAGCAUAUCAAGAAUACGGCCAAACAAGAUCAGGAGAAUCUUUGCCUCAAGGUCUAUAAACAAUUGAAACAACCCAAGCCACCCUAUCGUCAGGUAGAGACGGCGAAAUUAUGUUCGGGCACUGCCCUGAGGCGUGAUCUGGUGCGUCAUCCUCUGUUGAGGGACACAUUUGCCAAGUUGCAUGCGGAAAUCGAACCAGUGGAGAACUAUACGAUUGUCGUGCCACAAUUAUCACAUCAGUCGUCGGCCAAAACCUAUCGUAAUCCUUUUGAUAUACCAAGGCGCGAUCUGGUCGAGGAGAUAGCACGCAUGCGAGAAUCAUUCCUGCGACCCGCCUCGCUGGUGGCCAAAGAUUCGGGUCAUUGUCUGCCCAUUGCCGAGAUGGGCAACUAUCAGGAGUAUUUGAAGAACAAAGAUAAUCCCCUGCGAGAGAUUGAGCCAACUAAUGUCAGACAGCAUAUGUUUGGUAAUCCCUAUAAGAAAGACAAACAUAUGGUUAUGGUGGAUGAGGCUGAUCUCAGUGAUGUGGCGCCCAUGAAGUCAUCGCCUUCGAGCAAUGGUGGCGGUCCAGGGGGUGGAGGUGGCGGCGGUGCCGGCGGCUCUUCACCUGGUGGCGGGCCCUCUUCAUCGUCGGCUGCGGCAUCUGGCUCGCCAACAGGACCCGGACAAGUGGGAGGAGGUUCACCCGGCAUGGGUCCUGGUGGCCCCGGUAUGCCUGGCCUGAUGCUGGCCGCUGGGGGCAACUCGUCGUCCAAGAAACUCGAUGGCACAUCCCGGGGACGUAAGCGUAAGGCGGGUCCCUUGCCGCGUGGAUUCGAAUUCCGCCGUUUAUCGACAGACUCCCGACCCAGCUCACCUGUCCCCAGUCUAAGUGGCAGCGAGGAUUCUUGCUCGUCGGUGGGCAGUAGUUCUGUUGGUGGUGGUGCUGGUAGUGGUGGUGCCAACAGUCUGGAUGCAAGCGGAUCCUCUACCUCCGCUGCUAUUGUUGCCAUCUCUUCCACAUCGUCUAAUGUCUCGGAUUCUCUUAAUUGCGACUCGAGUCAGGAUUCAGUGAUGUCCUGCAGCGAUGACGAUAGCCCAUCUAGUUCCACCUCAUCUGUGUCGAACUCUGAAGCAGUUUCGGGCAGCGAUUCGGGCAUGUCCUCGACGGAUCGCUUGGGCAUGAGUUUCGAUUUUAGUGAAGAGGAACCCAGUGAUCAGGAUUCAGCUCUCAAUGGCUAUGUGCAUAACUUUAUUAAUGGCAUUGGUGAUGAGGUGCACUCUGGUGAAGUGGAAUCCGCAGCCACAGCGCAAGCAACAUCAGAAGGUGGUGGUGGGACAGGGGGAACGACGGCAACUACAACACAGGCAACAGGAUCAGCAGCAGCAACAGCGACAGCUCAUGCCUCCGCCAGCAAUGGUGAGCCAAUUAGUAGUAGUAGUAGUAGUAGUAGUAAUAGUAGCAGCAGCACCUCCAAUUCCGGUAACACCUCCAACACCUCCAAUUCCGGUUUAUCAUCAGCAGCGUCAUCAUCAUCAUCAGCAGCAGCAUCAUCUACAUCAUCACCAGCAGCAGCAGCAGCAGCAGCAGCAGGAGGAGGAGGAGGAGGAACAGUAUCCGCCUCAUCGUCAAACAACAGCAGCGGGGUAUUCUAUGUGCCCCUUAAUGGUCUCACAACACAUGCCGCAUAUAGCAGUAAUGUAGGGGGAGGAGCUGCAUCAUUGGACCUACCAGGAUCAACAACAACUGGCGGCAUACUUCGAACGCAUCCAAAUACACUGCCACUUGGAAUGGCCAAUGGUUAUGGACAUUCUGUGGCGACAUCGGGAAUUCACUCGCCGCCAUCACCAUUGCCCACAGCCAUGGGAACAACAAGUUCGUCUUUAACCACUGCCGCCUCCACUAGCGCAUCCAGCAGCACUUCCUCAUCCUCCUCCUCCUCCAGUUACUUUAGCCACAAUGAUAUCAAUGAUGCCUCUGAGAUAUCGCGCAUUCUUCAGACUUGCCAUAAUGGUGGCGCCACCAGCAGCAACAGCAACAGUAGUUCCAGCUCCUCUACGGCCACAUUGAAUGGUUUAAACGAUGGACAUGCGAAUGACACGGAGCCACAUGGUUUUGAUGCACUUAAACGUGGAAAUGCCUUAGGUGGUGGAGGGACGACAUUAUUGGGUGCCUCCUCAGGAGGCAUUGGUGGUGGUGCAGCAGCAGCAACAAUGGGAGGAGGCAAUCAUCCGCAUUUCUAUUGGGCUAGUGGACUCAAUCAUCAAAGUAGUAAUCAUCAGGGAAAUAAUAUCAACCACAACAACAACAACAACAAUAAUAAUAAUCAUCGCAGUCACAACAACAAUAGUCCGAAAUUGGAACUUAAAUCAAUAUCACCCACAAAUAAUGGCGAAUCCACCUCCUCCUCAACGUCGUCGUCGUCGUCGUCCUCUCUGAACAACAACAACCGGAAGCGGAGUAGUAGUAGGGGAAGAAGCAAUAGCCCAGCAGUUGCCGCCGCCGCCGGCGCAUCCAAUAUCACCAAUAAUCAUCAUCAUCAUCUGCAAUUAACCGACGAGCAACGGGAGGCAGCACGUAAACACAAUAUCGAUUUGCGUUUACAAAUCUUUCGUGAUAUACGACGACCUGGACGAGAUUAUAGUCAACUUUUAGAGCAUUUGAAUUUGGUGAAGGGUGAUCAUGAAAUGAAAUCAGAUUUCAUUGAUAUGUGCAUAGGGGAAUCGAUGCGUUUUCGUCGUCAUCAAAUGGUAAAUAGCAUACAGGAUUGGUGGGAUAAUAAACAGCAGCAAGAACAACAACAACAACAACAACAACAGCAGCAGCAGCAGCAGCAGCAAAAUCAUCAUCAGCAACAACAACAGCAAUUGGAGGCCAUCAAAAGUUAACAGUGGUGGCUACUGUGGAACUGAGCAUGUCAGCAAUUUAAUACCAAUACCAACAACAACAACAACAACAACAACAACAACAACAACAAUAGCAACAACAACAACAACAAUUAUUAGCUGCAGUUCCCAGAAUCUUCAGCUUUCCAUGUCUGUGAUGUCUGUCCAUGAGCAGCAAAACAACAAAAUCAACAACCAACAACAACAUCAACACCUUCAAAUUUAUAGUCCCCAUCCCCCUACCCCACCCAACCUCUCCCAAUUUCCCAACGCCCUUCGAACCUUUG